GUGUGGCUGAAUAGUCGGUCACCCUUGCAAGAUCGAUAUCAGAGCUGGGCUAAGCUGAUCCAGUACUACCUAAUUCCCGCUUGUUCAGGCUGUCCCCUGCGUUAUGUUGCGCCAAAACUAGCGGUCUUAUUGCGCACCAAAAUCCCAAGGCCUCGUCACGCAGUACAGACGGGCUCCGGGAAUAGCAAAGGAUUUCUCCGUGCAGGUACAACCCCUCACCGCCUCGCACAAUGUCGCCUCAAGGAGGGGUAACGUCGUAGGGGAGGAAGACCACGGGUUGAGCAUUCAGUAGAAAACGGACCGACGCUCCUCAUUCUCAAACGUGGAUCAGCACAAGAGCAUUACUCUUUCACUUCGGUUCAAUCUUAGUACUCGGGGAUACCAAUAGGUCAUAGUGCACAACAAUAACCAACAGACCAUCAUGGCGACUCAUGUCAAGCUGACUGUCACCCAUUAUCGCCUGCCCCAGCACACACAUGAGGACUUCAUGAGAUGGAUCAUCGAUGACCACUUGCCGCUACUCAUGCCCAUCUUGAAGAGAAAUGGCUUUGUGAGCUACUCGCUCUUCGAUACACCUGCUUCGAUGAACGAGCAACUCAAAGCCAGCAUGGCGGGCGGUCACAGAGAGAAGUGGCAGUAUGCUGAUUUCGACUGCUUCAUUGAGUACGUGUUCACGGAUGUCAAGAACAUUGAGGGCAUGCUCGCAGAUCCCGAUUGGGCCAAGUCCGUUGAGCACGAGCCCGAUUGGGUAGACACAAGCAAGGCUUUGAUGUCCAUUGGCUACAUCACACCCUAUCUGAUGGAGAAUGGCGACGUUGUAAAUGUUCCAAAGUUGAAGUGAUGUUCUGGGCCCUGAGCUGCGAGAUCUCCUUGCUGUAGGACAGAUGCCCACUUCUCAUUUAAGACAGCCGGUAAUAGUCCAUGUCCGCCCCGGUGAUCCCAGCAUUGGCAUCUCAUUAAUGAUGAUAAAUGAUCUGGUCUAUAGCAGUAGACAUUAGAGUCUAGUGA